CCUGAAUCUCGCGAUAAAGGCUUAUUGUCUCGCGGGACCGCGGCUGGCAGACGGGCUUUCAGGCGGCCCUGGCCGGGGAAGAGGAGUUGCAUGUGUCGCUUCAGCUGGCGGUAGUGGCGGGAGCGGAGGCGGCGGGGGUUGUGCGACCGCCUGGGUUUGUGAGAUGGCUGCUGAUAUUUCUGAAUCCGGUGGACACGAUUGCAAAGGAGAGCCGAGGGGCAAUACCAAGUUAGAUGCAGACUACCCACUUCGAGUCCUCUACUGUGGAGUCUGCUCAUUACCAACAGAGUACUGUGAAUAUAUGCCUGAUGUCGCUAAAUGUCGACAGUGGUUAGAGAAGAAUUUUCCAAAUGAGUUUGCAAAACUUACUGUAGAAAAUUCGCCCAAACAAGAAUCUGGAAUUAGUGAGGGUCAAGGCACAGCAGGGGAAGAAGAAGAGAAGAAAAAGCAGAAGAGAGGUGGAAGGGGUCAAAUAAAGCAAAAAAAGAAGACUGUACCACAAAAGGUUACGAUAGCCAAAAUUCCCAGAGCAAAGAAGAAAUAUGUAACAAGAGUAUGUGGCCUUGCAACUUUUGAAAUUGAUCUAAAAGAAGCACAAAGAUUUUUUGCUCAAAAAUUCUCCUGUGGUGCCUCAGUGACAGGAGAGGAUGAAAUCAUCAUUCAGGGAGACUUUACAGAUGACAUAAUUGAUGUCAUUCAGGAAAAAUGGCCAGAGGUGGAUGAUGAUAGCAUCGAAGAUCUUGGAGAAGUAAAGAAGUGAUUUUGAAAAUUUGUCUCUAUUUAAUGAUUUGAACUGAGAGUUGAUAUGGCCAAAGGGAGAGAGGCCUUUUAAAAAUAUAUAUAUUUAUCCUACAGUAAAACUGUAGACUACCCUCACCCUUGGCAUUUUCACUGUUCUGUAUAAGGCUGCUUGUUUUUUUUAUUGCCAAAGUCUAAUAAACAGGGGAGACUGUCAUGCUUAUGCAUGAAAUAGAAUUUAGUCAAAUAAAAAUUUUUGGUCAUUUGGUA